GCCACGAUGCUGGGUCUGUUGUGAUUCGGCUGAAGAAAGAGACAAUCCUGGUGAAGCAACUAAGAUCCGCAUGACGUCUGAUUAUAAAGAUGGCGUUUAUUAAAGAGGAGAGUGAAGACAUGAUACUUGAAGAAACAUUCAGAGUGAAACAAGAAGAUACUGAGGACAAAACAGAACUGAUGCCACUGAAAGAGGAAAGUAACAUACUGAAUGAUACAGAAGAGAAAGAUCAAUAUGAGAAACAUCACGAUUUCAUAACUGGAGAUGAAUCUUUUAGGUGCUCACAGACUGAAAAUACUUCUUCACGAAAGAAAGUUCAUACGAUAGGAACAAGAAGUUAUUUUGCUUGCUCUCAGUGUGGGGAGAGUUUCAGUCGACAUGGAAACCUCCAGGUCCACCUAAAACUUCACAACAGAGACAAGUCUUACACCUACCCUCAAUGUGGAAAGCAAGAUGGAAACCUUAAGGUCCACAUGCAGAUUCACAGUGGGGAGAGCCCCUUUACCUGCCAACAGUGUGGAAACAUAUUCACUCAAAAGGGAAGCCUUAACAGGCACAUGAAAAUUCACAUUGGAGAGAAGCCUUACACAUGUCCUCAGUGUGGAAAGAGUUUUAAUCAACAUGGAAACCUUGAAGUCCACAUGAGAGUUCACACUGGAGAGAGCCCUUUCACCUGUCAACAGUGUGGAAAAAGUUUUAAUCGAAAAGGAAACCUUAAUUAUCACAUGAGAGUUCACACUGGGGAGAGUCCUUUCACCUGCCAACAGUGUGGAAUAAGUUUCACUGCAAAAGGAAGCCUUACCAGGCACAUCAGAAUUCACACUGGAGAGAAGCCUUACACAUGCCCUCAAUGUGGAGAGUGUUUCGAACAACAUGGAAACCUUAAAGUCCACAUGAGAAUUCACACUGGAGAAAAGCCUUACACAUGCCCUCAGUGUGGAAAGAGUUUCGAUCAACAUGGAAACCUAAAAGUCCAUAUGAGAGUUCACACUGGAGAAAAGCCUUACAGAUGCACACAGUGUGGAAAGAGUUUCGAUCAACAUGGAAACCUUAAAGCCCACAUGAGAGUUCACACUGGGGAGAAGCCUUACAUAUGCACUCAGUGUGGUAAAAGUUUCACUCAAAAAGGACACCUUGAAGUCCACAUGAGAAUUCACAAUGGAGAGAAGCCUUUCACCUGCCAAAAAUGUGGAAAAAGUUUCAGCCGAAAAGGAAUCCUUAACAAGCACAUAAAAAUUCACACUGGAGCGGAGGAGCUUGGAUCAACAUGGGCGCCUUGAAGUCCACAUGAGAAUUCACAAUGGAGAGAACUGUCUUAUAUAUCAUCAGUGUGGAGUAAGUGUCACUGUGUAAAAAUGUGCAGAAACAAAGCAAGAGAAUAGAGAAUAUUUAUUUAUUUGCUGCAUAUUACGCAGAUGCCACACAGAUCUAGUAGAAAAUGUGACUUCUUUCCCAGCUGUUUAUCUUCAGACAUAAACAACUGUUUUUUAUAACUCUUGUGUUUUAAACAAACACCUGUGUAUUUGAUGGUUUAAGUGCAAUAAGACGUGAAAGAGAACUUAUUUUAGUACUCGCAUGCCAUAUGAUAGCUGCUUUCUGUGCAAGUGCUUUGGAUGUGUGCGCUCAGAAAACCCUGUACCAGAAGUUUAAACUAAUAUGGUUUAAUCAAAUCAAAUCAAACAGAUGUUUAUUUUUGUUUUUUGUUUUUUGCCAGAGUAUCUGAGUUACAAGCUGUAAAGGCACAGCCCUUUUCGGGAAAAUGGGACGAGGAGCAGCAGCUCAUUUGCAGUUAAAGAGACAUGCAUGAAAACAGCAUGCUUCUGCUUCAAAGUGAUAUAAUAAAUGAUUUGUGGGGUAUUUUGAGCUGGAAUUCACAGACACAUUCUGGGGACACCUGAGACUUAUAUUACAUAUUGUAAAAAGGGGCAUAAUAGGUCUCCUUUAAGGUUCACAAAAUCAUAAAAGACAACACAUGAAAUGCAGUUUCAGAUGUUUCUUGAGUAUGAACUAUGAACUUCUAUGAAGGUUUUUUUUUUUUUCACCAAUAAAUAUAUAAUAGUAUUUGUAAAAAUUAUGUUUUUCCAUCCUCAUUUUUACUCUCUGUGAACAACACUCAACUUCAAGGGUGUUAUCUCUUAGAAGACUGCACCUUACCAUCCCAAAACGGAUGGACCUGUGUAGAGAUUGAAUCGAACUCUUGUUCAAAUGCUCUGUAAGUUUGUCAGUGACAUAGGGUUUAUUUGGGAUCUGUGGUUAACUUAUUUAUUAUUUGAAUACAGAUAAGUUUCAUAGGUUUUUUUUCUCCGUUUCAGUUGAUGACCUUGUGUCUUUGUUGAUCACAGACAUCUAGUAACAAUAAUGCCAUUGAUUAAAUGUUGCAAAUGAGAGAGAAAUUAAAGAAAAUGACUGGGGUUAACAGCAGAACAUUUGCAAUAUCCACAAAGUAAGCAGAAAUGCUGGCAUGAUGGGAAGGCAAGGCAGCGGUCCUCUGAAAUUAUGUCAGCAGGUUUUAGUCAUUCCUCCAAAAAAGCGAACAAAUUGCGUAAAUGGCAGGGUCUGUUAAAGGUCACUAAGAAUUUAGGUUCUAAAUUGUUACUUCUGGUGUGUCACAUUAUCAUAGAACAUUGCAUAUUAAUCUCUUGAACAGUUCCAGUUACAGACUCUGGCUCCGAACCAGCAUUUGAACUGCCUUGGUGGAAAAGGGGUAUUAGACACUCCUCACCAUGCAACACCUCUUCCAGUAGAUUAGUGCAAAAGUGUUCACUUUUAAAAAGAAUGAGAUUCAGGUGUUGAACUGUCUCACUAGAAUGAAUCUGAUUUUUCAAAGCUGCAUGUGAAGGAGGAAUCUGCUCACUAGUGUAAAUUGUACUUGUGUACCUAAAAGCUCUAUGUGCAAGAGAGAGUCUACAGUGUGUUUAGUAUGUUAAACCCAAAAUACCACUAACAAAUCAUAAAUCAAAUCAUAUUCAGUAGAUUGAAUCCCAGACUAGCUUUCCCAGACUAGAGGUUAGAUACAUCCUGUGGCUCAUGUGAGUAGAAAACUGUAUGAGACAAGGCACUCUGUUAUUGAAAACAAGUGUUUGGCACUGAAGUAGGCUCUUAAUUCUUCUAAAUAAUAUCUGUUGGGACAAGAAUUUGUCAUUGAAACAGAUCAUAAAACACUCCAAUGGACUGACAAAAUGAAAGAUAACAAUGUUAAUAUACCUCAGAGUUUGGCUAGGCUUAGUCCCCUUGAUCUCAAAAAGCACACUAGUGACUGAUGCUAGAGGCUGCAUUCUUUAUAGCUUCCUUGUUAACAUGCCCACCUCCCACACUGGUUUCAAUCCCACUCUGAACCUGAGGGGCUACAUACGCAACCUUUCCAUGUAAUGGCAAGACAUCGGCCAGAGUCUAUAAACAUGACAAACCAUUAUCCAGGCGUUUGUUGUCCGCAGCUCACUGAUGCCAGAGGUGAGUUGGUUGGUGAUUGGUGAGGUGACUGGCCAUUGCUUUCAAGAAAUCUACAGAUAUGUCUGUGAUUGGCUUCCAAAAACACAUUGUAAAUAGAAACCUUUAAGAUAUGCAAAGCCCCACCCUACAGGUGGGCAAGAUUGGUUGCAUGCUUGUGACGUAUAGCAAACAGGCGGCUUCAAACCUAUAUUUUUGAGACUGUCUUUGGUACACCACAGUUUUAAGCAGAAAAUG